AUGGCCUGUGAGAAGCCGACCCUCCACUUUCCAAUCGUCAACCAAUUGGCCCUGCCGAAGGGAUGUAUGAAGCACAAGUUGGCCCUGGUGACUGGAGGUGGAACGGGACUCGGCAAGGCCAUCGCCACCACUUUUGCCGCCCUCGGCGCCCGCGUUGCCAUCGCCGCCAGAAGUGUCGAAGUGCUGCAAGCAGCGGCGGCUGAUAUCCGGCAGAAGACGGGCGGUCAAGUCGUGGUUUUCCAGAUGGAUGUCAAGAAACCCGAACAGAUCACCCAGACCAUUGAUGACAUCGAAAAGAAAUUCGGUCAGCUGCCGAAUAUCCUCGUGAACAACGCCGCCGGGAAUUUCAUCAUGGCCACGGAGAGACUGUCGCCAAAUGCUGUCAAGGCGGUGAUCGACAUCGUUGUGUUGGGCACGAUGAAUCUGACGCUCGAGCUGGGCAAGCGUGCCAUUCAGAAGGGCCACGGCUGCACCGUGCUCUCCAUUUCUACCCCCUAUGCCAGAAACGGCGGGCGUCGAGAAUAUGACGCGUUCGCUGGCCACGGAAUGGCUGGCGCUUCAACGUCAUCGCACCCGGACCGAUUCCCACUGAGGGAGCUUUCGGGCGUC